AUGGCUUCCUACGGCCUUCUGGGCCAGCCAGAAGAAGGUCAGUCUCCUCCAACUUGUCCUCCCAGCUCAAAGCUAACAUUCCCGAUCGCAGAUGCCCUCCACAAGUCGCGCCUCUUGAACGUUGAAGAAAAGCCAUUCAAGCGCAUCUCAAAGCGCCUUCUAAACCCCGAAUCCCUCAUCGUAACGCAAGCCUUGCUCCCUCUCACUCCUCCUCCCGAAGACGCCGACGCCGACGCCGACACGAAUAUCGAAAUAGAGAAACAGAAAAAGCUCAAUGAAUGGCGCCAUUUUCGCGAGGAUGUAUCGCUUGACUUCGCCGCCUUUGAAGGCAGCAUUGCGCGCGUCCAGUUCCUCUUAACCAGCAACGAGCAAGAACGCGAGCGCUAUGCCACAGAACGAGUCCAGAUCCUAUCGACAAUGCAAUCUGUCCGGGACAGCACUGCCGAUCUCCGAAGCCAGCUCGAAGAGGCACAGCGACUCCUCUCUCUGCGGAAGACCUACGAUGAGCUAGCGGAUAAGAUUACAAGUAACCGCCUGCUCAAGCCGCGCGAAGACCAGCAGUCGAACCUUCAGAAGUUGCGGACGGAGAUCGCAGAUCUGGAGAACGAGAGCAAGGUCUACGCCAAGACAUGGGCUGAGCGGCGCGAGCAGUUCGGCCGCAUUGUCGAAGAGGGCAUGCAGCUCCGUCGUCUGAUCCGCGAUGAGAAGGAAGAGGUUGAGCGGCGGGAAGGGAUGCAGGAGGGUGAGGAUAAUGACGAGGGCGAUCUUAUAUCUAAGGGCAAGGCCAGCAAUGCGAACACACCUGGUCCGGACAGCGAUGUCUUGACUCCGUCGCAGAAUAGCCAGGAUGAAAGUGGUCUGUUAUCUGCGCUGCAGGCUGAUAAGAAUUCUGGUACUACGGGUGCCGCGUCGCCUCUGCGACAGGUCAUCAGUGCGCAGGGCGAUGGUGCAGAUGAUAUCAACAUGAUGGAUGAAGGUGAGGUUUCUGCUGACUCUGAGGGGCAAUUUUCCGAACUCGAGGAGGGGGAGGAACUCCCUGAUGAUAUGUACAAUGAGAAGAUGGAUACCACUUAG